AUUUUUAGGAUGUUUAUUCAUCUGAUCAGAGCCAGGAAGAUUUUAUUAAUUGGCAAGCUUAAAGGUUACAGUAUCCUUGCUAUCGCAGAAGAAUUGCCAGAUGAUGGCAAAAUCUUUGCAUGUGCAGAAGUGCCGUAUCUCGGAGUGAACAGCCAAGAAGCAUUUGAUUAUUCUUCAGAUGGUAAAAAGAUAAGCAUGCGAGUGGGACCGAUAGCAGACACGUUGGAGGCAUUACAUGCUGAGGAUGAGCACUUUGAUAUAGUCUUUAUUGAUGCUGAUCAAAGGAAUGCUGUUAACUACUACAGCUUUGUCAUGGAUAACCACUUGCUGAGAAUGGAUGGAGUGAUCUGUGUAGAGAAUACACUCAUGAAAGGACAAGUCUACCUGGAGAACAUAUCUGAGGAAAAUGUACUAGCUGUUAGAAAAUUAAAUGCAGUGAUUAAUUCAGAUCCUCGUGUUGAGCAGAUAAUUUUACCUGUGCAAAGUGGACUGAGCAUCAUUCGAAGGAGCCCUGUACCACCAGAUGCAGUGAUUGAAUCAAAGAAAGAAGUGACGAGGGACGAUGUUUUCUGGGGUUAUAACAAGCACCGCAUCCUUGACCGGCUGCGUUUGGAUGACAAGGUGGCCUACGUCACCGGUGGUGGUCAGGGAAUUGGGAGGGCCUUUGCUCAUGCUCUGGGAGAAGCUGGUGCUAAAGUAGCUGUGGUGGACCUGGUCCUUGCAAAGGCAGAAGCAGUGGCACGUGAGCUCAACCUGAAAGGGAUUAAAAGCAUUGCCCUUGCAGCAGAUGUGAGCAAACCUGAGGAUGUGCAAAGGAUUGUUGAUACCAUUGUAGCUCGAUGGGGUACAAUUGACAUUGCAUGCAACAACGCUGGAAUCAAUAUGAAUUCUGCAAGUGAAGAUACUUCACUAGAAGAAUGGGACAAAACUUUCAGUGUCAAUUUACGAGGACUAUUUUUGUGCUGCCAAGCUGCAGGCCGCAUUAUGCUGAAUCAAGGAUAUGGGAAGAUAAUUAACACAGCAUCUAUGGCAAGUUUAAUAGUUCCGCACCCGCAGAAGCAGUUGGCGUAUAAUGCCUCCAAAGCCGGGGUCGUAAAAUUAACACAGACGUUAGGAACAGAAUGGAUUGACAGAGGAGUAAAAGUCAACUGCAUUUCCCCAGGCAUCGUGGACACACCACUCAUCCACUCCCCAGAGCUGCAGCCAUUGGUGCAGCGCUGGCUGGCGGACAUCCCUGCUGCCAGGCUGGCACGGGUCACCGACCUGCAGGCUGCUGUUGUCUACUUGGCCUCUGAAGCUUCAGACUACAUGACGGGCCACAACCUGGUCAUCGAGGGUGGCCAGAGCCUGUGGUGAGAGCCCACCAGCCUCCCUUCUUGGGAACGCGUUCACUUAGAGUGGUAGAGUUUAGUGCAAUCACAGUUUUGGCCUCUGUGGAUGAAUGACUGGCUAAUGGCUGUUUUCCUCUUCUGGGUGUUUCUUUGGAGAUUCAUAUUCUGGGAAAGAAAAAGAAAAAAAAAGCCUUCAUUUUCAACAUUUUCGUGUUUUCUACUAUGCAAUCAUAUUUCUGUUAAAUUAUACUUAAUCAUAUAAGGGCACAUUUACUGUAGUGAGAUUUGGCUAUUAUUUAGUUUAAUAGAGGGCAUUUUUAAAGCAAUUAAUAUUAGCUGCUCUGUGCAGGAUAUUGUUCUUAGGCUGGGCUUUGUUUUUUUUUCUUUUUGUAUUCAAGUUGUUCCAGUGACAUCUGUGAGUGGUGAAAAACAGUUGGAUGUACUGUUAAAAAGAAUAAAUUAGUUCAUUGCAUUUGAACCUG